GUUUUUUCGCCUUUUUUUCUCGCGGUCCGAAUGUAUAUAAAUCAAUCACAUUUUUUCGCUGUACCACAGAACGUGAAAAAUAUCAGAAAGAUUUUGUUUUAAAAUCAUCAUGGACUUAUAGCAGGAGCAAAGUCCAUUAUGAUCGUGGUCUUAUCUUUUCUAUUCCUGACAUCUGUUCGGGGCCAAGACAGUCCGUUGUCGGGAGCAAGUGCCCCUGUGUCAGGUGAAAGCUAUAGAAUAAGCUACGGUCUUGGCGAACGAAGAGGUGACGUUCGCGGCGGUGUCAGAGGUUAUGAGUUUGGAUAUGAAGAAGGCGGUGGAAGAGGGGAUAGACCCGGAAGUUACGAUUAUGAUAGCAAUGGGAAUAGUAGAGAAGGAUAUGAUUAUGGCGGCAGUGGCGAAAGAGGAGAUCGUAGAUACUAUUACGGGAGCGGUGGUGCAGACAGAUAUGGUUACAGUGAUUUAGAAGGCGGUGAAAGAGGGUUUGAUUAUGAUCGGCAUGACAGACGUGAAUAUAAUUACGGUGGGGAUGGCAGAGGUGAAUAUAAUUACGGUGGGGAUGGCAGAGGUGAAUAUGAUUACGGUGGGGAUGGCAGAGGUGGAUAUGAUUACGGUGGGGAUGGCAGAGGUGAAUAUGAUUACGGUGGGGAUGGCAGAGGUGAAUAUAAUUACGGUGGGGAUGGCAGAGGUGGAUACGAUUACGGUGGGGAUAGCAGAGGUGAAUAUGAUUACGGUGGGGAUAUCAGAGGUAGAUAUGAUUUCGAUCGGAGUGGCGGCGGAUACGAUUAUGAUGGUGGUGAAGGUAGGGGAUAUGGUUAUGAGGGGUAUGACUAUGACGGUGACAGAGUUGGAAGAGGAAGGUAUGAUUACAGUGCAGGUGGUAGCGGCCGUGGGUACAGUUUUUCAGCUAGUGUUUCCUAUGGCGCAGCCAGACAUAGUGGAGAAAGGUAUGACUAUUAUUCUAGAUUUGAUGAUAGAGGCGGAGAUGACGAUUAUUAUGGUUCUAGAGAAGGCAUGAACUUCUAUCUAAGGUCUGGUUAUGGACGCAGAGGUGGUGGAAUUGCGAAUGGAGGAUAUGGUGUUAGCAGGUCACGGCAUACAAGAAGAGAAUAUGGGCCUUAUGAUCCUUAUCCUGUCAGUGGCGGAUCAUAUGGCGAUUCUUCUUCUUACAGCACAGUUUACAAUGAUCGUCAUAGUAGAGGUUACGGGGGUUAUUCUUCUUACAGCUCAGCGUACGGUAGACGUCCAGUACGCAAGCAGCCACGACCGUCUCCGAAGAAACCAUACCGGCACAGACUACGUCCUCGUAGAAAACAUCGACGAAGAUACUCCUAUAAAUAUAGGCCAUAUACUUAUAAGAAAAGACCAAGACCUAGGCCAAGGAAAUACCGACCAAGAACAUCAUAUAAAUACAAGCCGAGACCAUUACAUAAAAAACGAAUGUAUAGAUAUAAACCAAAGUCACCCAGCAAAUACCGCAAGAAACAACCAAGAAAAUAUCGUCCAAGGCCAUCAUUUAAGUCUAAAUAUCGACAAAAAAAUUCGUAUAAACCUAAAUAUCGAAAAUAUAAACUACGCCCUCCGCAGAAACAUGGACUUAAACAUCCUAAAAAAUAUCGACCGAGACCUCGAGAGAAAUAUCGGCCGAGACCUCCGCGGAAAUACCGACCAAGACCUCCAAAGAAAUAUAGACAGAGGCCUCCGAUUAAAUAUCGACCAAGACCUCCACGUUACCAUACGAUGACUCAAGGAAAAAAACAUAAGCGUAAACAAAAACUAGUGCCACCACCGCGUAAACAUCGACCAAGGCCAUAGCCUACGCACAAAUAUCGAUAACCGAGUCAACAUCAUGCAAUAAAAUCAACGGACAAUGAAACUGUAUAAUAUGAUGACGCAUUAACUGAGAAAAACAAGAAUUAAACCUCUUAAAGACUCUUGAUGAAAUAUAGCAUUUACUUCGUUUCUACAAAGGAUAAAUAAUAUUGUUAUCAUUUUAAAACAUACAUAUUCUCUAGUAAACAGCACAAAAAAGUACGAACUCAGAUAACACGCACAAAACAAUGCGUUUGGUCGAACUUUAAGCUUCAUAAUACUCUUUUCUAUUCUAUUCUGUUUUUUUUUUCUUUCGAGCUUCAACACGGUCGACAUAUGGCAUCGCUAUAGACCGUUUGUAUCACGCAUAUUUUAAUAGUAGCUUGAUCUGGGAUGCUGUAUUCGGCUCGAUUGAUCUUGCCAGGUCGGAUGACACGAGGCGCGAAAGCACCGGGCGUUAUCCGACCUUGCAAACUCGACGAGAGCCGAAUAAAAAAUCCCAGAUGUAGCAACUGAUAUAAUAACCCUUUUAUUAUAUACCUCCAUCUUUUGUUUGUCGUUUUGUUAUCGAACGAAAUCGUCUGUGCUUUAACAGAGUUUAUCGAUGUUAAAAUAGAGCUGAGAGCAGUUUUGUGUGCGCUAUUAAUAGAACUGUUUAGGGCAUGCUUAUUAAAUGAAAGUAGCCAGGCAACAUGCAAUACAAAAGGUACAAUACGGAGUUUUGCCCUGCCUGGUCGUAUUUACUUGUAAAAGGAAAGCCGUAUUUUUGACAGAAUUUUCAUAGGUAUAUAAUAAAGUAUAAUAUGAUAUGUACCUUACAGACGUGACUAGAAGUAAAAACACACGGAACUGCCGUUUCAUAAAUUAAGGUGGACGGAUAGCUCAGUGGUUUGAACACUGGCCUUCCAAUCCUGAGGUCGGGGGUUCGAUCCCCGGCAGCUACUCGGGAAUUUUCAGAAACGCUUUUCAGUGUUUCCCACCCAACUAGAGGUGUACUGGUCAGGAACCCAGGCAAUCCUUGCGUGUAUCAGUGCUAUACACUGGGUUCGUUAAAGAACCAGGCUGUCUAUUCGCAACGAGCUAGGCUUUGUCUCACUCUGUCCCUCUGGUCAGAUCGCUCUGUGUUUGUACUAGUAGAGGAUAAAUUAUGCGCCCUGUGUGGCUGCAUUUGAACUAUGUAAAGUGCCUUUGAACGUGAAAUUGAUCAUGAAAAGGGCGCUAUAUAAAUCUGGUAUAUUAAUAAUAAUAAAUAAAAUAUGAUAGGAUAGAAUAGAAUAGAAGAGAAUAGAAUAGAAUAGAAUUUUUCAUGAGCAGUAUACCUAUAAUUUACUUCUAUGGAUGAAAUGUACACGAAACUAUAUAUUUCUCGCUGACAGAAAAAGGUAAUUAUGUUCUUCAAUAGUCACGAUGCAUAUAGACCUACCCUAUACAAUUUUGACAGAAAAAAAUAUGAAAUCAUAUAACUGUAUAGAUAUAGUAAUGCUACGACACGUUUUCGAUCAUUUCAUACCCUGCUUCAGUUGUAAUAAUGAUACUUUCGUAAGAUAAUUAAUAGUAGUUAUGAACGUGUGUCAUAUAGCAUCCAUUAAAAUUACUUUGUAAAGACGAAUACGUAUACAACAGAAUAUUAACCCUUAGCAUGCUAGAUAAAUUGUCGUCUGCUGGAAAUGUCAUCUGCUAAAAUAGUAAAGUUCAUUCAAUUUGCUCCAAAAUUGGAAGAAAUAUUGUCAGAGUAGCAAACAGCUUGGAACCUGAUCAGACGCCGAUCGGCGUCUGAUCUGGUUCCAAGCUGUUUGCAAAGGCUGUUAAAUUCGCCUGCAGCAGGCUAAGAGUUAAUAGUUUCGUAAUAUACAUCAGCGAUUAUAUUUAAACCAAGGCCAGUUUGACACGGCGCCUAUCUACAAAAAAAAAAAACGGACCACGUUACUAAAGGAUAUAAGUAGAUUCCGCCAAAAGACACCAAAAACGGUUGUGCAAAUAUUGAUACUCUUUUGACAUGGAUGUAUUGGGUGACAACAUUGGCCUAGAGUGCACAUAGACUUUUCACCGCUACAAUAUGGCACAAUUAGCGUCUCUGUGAAUAAAAUCAAUUACUAGUAAGCUAAAACUUUGACUCGAACUUACAUCAACGCGGCGGCUGAACCCAGAAACAACAAUUACGGUCUAUCAACCAAUUACAGUACGCCAAAUCACGGUAUCAUACAUAAUUAAAUUCACGAAAUCUGUUAGAAGAUCCUUUAGAAGUGAAACGCAAAUUAUCAAAAAAAUAGCAGAUUCGGUUCAAAUGAGCUUGUUUAUGAAAGGAUAGGAAGUAUAUGCAACACUCCUCGCUUCCCUAGCUUCGGCUUUAGCGGAAUUUUAUUACAGUAAAACUGGAUGUUCUCAAUGACCAGAUAUACACAUAAACAUCAAAGUUCUGUUGCUUCAUUAUAGUAAAUAUUAGAUCGUGUUUUAAUGGACACCAGUGUUAAAGAUGUUGUGGUGGAGGGCCUUGAAAUAUUAAAGGAAAACAAUCGAUUUCGUUUUGUUUUACUGUUUGUUUUGUUUCUUCAUCAUAUUUUUUCUACCAUUGAAACAAGACGUUUUAUAAAUCCGAAAGACAAACAGGAUUAUGUCUUUAUGUCAUACUAUCAUAAUCACAUUAAAGGAGGAAAUGAUUAAUCAAAUGUUACUUAAUAGUCGUUAUUAAACUGUUUAAAGGCACUGACCUUCAGAUCGCACGUCAACCAAAGAAGAAAAUUUUAGAUAUCAGAAAAUUAUUGCUGUAUUUCUUCAGAAGACUUUUAAGGGGAAACGGGAAGUUGCCUGUAUGUAUAUA